GCAGGCUUGCGACAUUAUAUUCCUGUUCUUCUAGAAGGCAUUAUUUCUAUGAAUUUAUUACAUAAUUCGUAAGGUAGUAUACGCUUACAUGGGGCUUCUCUGUUGCUUUUAUCAGUCGGGCUUUCUUGAAAUGACAGCAAAUUUGUACUUCUUUGGAUAUAUAUCACUACCUGCUCCCACUGGGAAUAACUUACUAAAUGAGUCGAUGUUAGAGUGGAGCAGAUCAAGUUGUUGUUUUUAUGCUACUUCCAGAGUUGAUGAAGAUCUAUUUUCUGAACUUCAGAGCCAUAACUGGAGAGUUAUUGCUGUAGGUUGGGCUUUUGCUGAUUCAGUUCUGCACCGGCUGGCACCUCUCUGGAUUGGGGCACGAGGGCUUGAAUUUACUUGGGAGUACAUAUUCCAAGGACUUGAAGCAAAUGCCAAUCUUGUGAUGACCCUCUCCCUUGCUGCAUUAGGAUCCUUGAUGUGGCUGAGGAAGAAGAAACCUAGGACUUUAACUCCAAUAAUUUAUGCAUGUGCUCUACUUCUGGCAACAAUGCCAUCUAUCACCAGGUUAUCCCACUAUCACGCUGCAGUAACCCUCAAAGGGAAUAAUUAUCAUGCUCCAACAUAUGUGAUAUUCUUAUUUCCUUUUUUUAAGAAACAGUUCUUGGUUAUGAUGUAGCAAGUAGAUGUCGAUGAAUCUAGCAGGAUUCGCGUUGAUGUAUGCACAAAAUUUAAGUAGAAGUGACAUUCAAUUUUUAACUAUAUAAGUUUGUUCAUGG